AUGCUGGAAAGUACUAAAAUUAAAGGAAAGGGUGGCGUGUCAUCAAUAUCAAAAACGACAAGCUCCGGUGGUGCUAGUGGCGGUGCAAGUUCGAUUGAUGAAGACUGGUCUAUAAUUUCAUCAUCUUCCGAUUUUGAUGAUGAGAGGUCAACUACGAGUUCCGAUGGGAAACACAAUACUGAGUCGGAAGAUAAGUUGGGGUCGCUGAAUAUGGAUGGGUCGUUAUUCAAGGUGCCUAGUGUCAUUCCUGGACUUGCUGAUCAGGGUUCAAUGCUGUCCAAGCAUGGGUCAGAAGUGAGAGAAGGUGCUGUUGCGAAUAAUGAAGGCAGAUGCACCAGAGACGACGUAAAUGAUGGCCACUCUCCUUUGUCAUUGUCACUGGCUUCAAACCUGGAAGACUCUCGAUCUGAUGAACUGGCAAAAUCUGUCAAUGUCGGGUCAAAAAUUAGGUUUUUUGAAAACAUGAAUCUGUUCAAUGAGUCGAUUAAACAGAAGUCAAGUGAUUUUUAUACCAAUUACGCUAAAGACAAGAUUGAUCAGUUGAACAAAUACGUCACUGAACAGAAUAGGUCAGUUGGAUUACAUGAUGAUACAGAAGAGAGAAGUGAUGAAGUAAAGGAAUCACAAGCUGAUUCUGCUAGCGCUCUUGCUGCAAGUUCUGAUGAUGUUGGCGCUGACUUGGAAAGUACUAUCGAAUUGCAAGCGGAAUGCAAAGAAGAGGGUGAUACAGCAGCAAAUAUGGAGUCAACUGCAGAACCCUCCAUUUUGAAGGAGUCAGGGACCAAAGCGAAACCCACCUCGCCAAUAAAAGUCAGAUUAAUCAAUACUUUACAACAAUUUUUGGAUUCCCACUCGGAGUAUCUUUGCUACUACCUUUUUGCCAUAAUUGUGGGACUAAUACCAACUGUUUAUGCUAUUCACCACUUCGCCGUCAAUAGAGAAACAAAGCCAGUCACUGCAUAUGAGAAGUUCAAUCAAUAUUGGGAUAGCUUUAUUUACCAAGAAACACCAGUUACAAGUGGCAACUUUUUCCCAUUCGGUCACAAGAAAUUGAAAGUGAAUAGAUUUGUAAACUAUGGCAAACAAGUUAGAGCUAGUUUAGCACCAAGGUUGCAAUUUACACGUGAGUGGGCUAAUAAAGCUGUGGAAGACGUGGGCCCUAUUGCAAACAACUGGUUGAUCAAAACUCAGAAUGGCAUCAUGUUGGCGAAUAAGAAUAUACAUAUGUGGUUUCAUGAGACGAGCAGGUUCACAACAAAUGAAUAUCAUAAUAUAAAGGAUUUUGCCACUCGUGGUAGCACCAUGGCAUCAAUGUAUGGAAGAUUGGGUAUGGACUACGCAUCCCGAAAUGGAAGGAUCUUUGCUGGCAAUUUAUCCAAGUACACACGCACUUCAAUUGAUACGAUGGAUGAUUGGUUACACGCUUCAAGUGUCGGAGCAGCUGUGUUUUAUAAAACGUCUGCAAAAAGUUUCUCUAAGCACAAAAAGAUCACAUCAAUAAUUUUGAAAAGGUUUGGAAGAAAGUGUGCAAGGGUUGGAAAAUAUGGACUUCGGAGAUCAAGUAGAUAUAGCCGCAGGGCUUUUAAGAAGCUUGUAAGGCUGUACCCUGGCUGGAGAAGGAAAGUGGAAUCACAAGUCCUUGCUUGGUCAAAAAGAGGGGCACUAUUUUGGUCAAAAGAUUCUUUUUUUGGUAAACAAAUCAAGAGCCUGUCAAGACUCGUCUUCAAGAAGUACACCGAAUUCGCCAAAACUUUUCGUGGUGUUUGUGACGAGAAUGGGUUGGAGGUGCUUUAA